UAAGUCGUGAUUUUAAAAUGUAAAUAUUGAAAACAAGUUUUAUUGAAUGUUAUUAUUCAGAUAAGCUAAAAACUUAAGAUUAAUUAUAUUUUAUUAUUAGUUCGUAAGAAGUAAAAGCGACAAAAUGUUAUCAUUUCGGAAACAUAUAUUUACUCCUUUAACUAUAAGUAUUCGUAAUACACAUAAUGAAUACAUAAUAACUAAGGAAAAUAACGGCACUCGAGAGAUCAUUUUAAACCAUGAGAAAACAAAAAACUCACUAUCAAUUAAUAUGAUGAGCAACUUAAUACAAGCAAUCAACGCCAAUAAUGAGGACACAUCUUUAAGAGCUAUAGUGCUGUCUGCAAAGGGUAAUGUCUUUUCAGCAGGACAUAACUUAAAAGAAUUACAAAUUAUUGAUGGAAAACAACAAUAUAAACUGGUUUUUAAGAAAGCGGUAGAUCUGAUGAAAUCAAUAAUGGAUAGUCCUGUUCCAGUAAUAGCAAAGGUAAAUGGAUUUGCAACUGCAGCAGGAUGUCAAUUAGUUGCAUCAUGUGAUAUGAUUGUUUGUUCAGACACAAGCAAAUUUUCUACACCUGGGGCUAAUUUCGGAAUAUUCUGCUCAACUCCAGGGAUACCAUUAGCGAGAUCAGUACCAAAAUCUAGAGCAAUGUAUAUGUUGCUAACAGGUCAACCUAUAAAUGCUAAAGAAGCUUACGAGAGUGGUCUUGUAACAAAAGUAGUGCCUCCAGAAGAGCUAGAUGAAGAAGUAACAAAAAUAAUUGAUCAGAUAAAACUGAAGAGUCGCUCCGUAAUCACUUUGGGAAAGUAUUUCUUCUAUAGACAAAUAAAUCUAAACAUAUUUGACGCAUAUAAAUUAGGCCAGGAUAUAAUGGUAAAUAAUACUGAAAUGGAUGAUGGACAAGAAGGUAUUAGGAGUUUUGUUGAAAAACGUAAGGCUAAAUGGAGCCAUAAAUAAUUAAUAGUAGUUUUAACAUUUUCAACGCUAUAAUUUUUUUAUACUAAAGUUAACUUGUGGUCAGCGGCACUCAACAUGCUAACUUUACUGUUUUUGACUGACUCAUAUUGUCAUUCUGUUUUGGGAGAUCAUGUGAUGUGACAAAAUGUCAGUGUUACUUAAAUAUAAAUCAUACUCUUGUAUUCAUAGAAAUAAAACAAAUUUUAUUUACA